GGAGCGAGGGAGCGAGGGAGGGAGCGAAGGAGGUAGAGAAGAGCGGAGGAGAGGGGAGGGAGCGCAGCUUGGUUGCUCCGUAGUACGGCGGCUCGCGAGGGAGAAUCCCGAGCGGGCUCCGGGACGCACGGGCCGGCGGGCAGGCGGGCGGGGAUGGUGUGCGGGGCUGCGGCUCCUGCGUCCCUCCCCGCGGCGAGUGAGCUGCACUGAUUUGUCCCUGGGGCUGCAGCGCGGACCCGCCUGGAGAUGAGGCGUCGAUUAGCAAGGUAAAAGUGACAGAACCAUGGCUCAGUUUCCAACACCUUUUGGAGGCAGCCUGGAUAUUUGGGCCAUAACUGUAGAGGAAAGAGCAAAGCAUGAUCAGCAGUUCCAUAGUUUAAAGCCGGUAUCUGGAUUUAUUACUGGUGAUCAAGCUAGAAACUUUUUUUUUCAGUCUGGGUUACCUCAACCUGUUUUAGCACAGAUAUGGGCACUAGCUGAUAUGAACAAUGAUGGACGAAUGGAUCAAGUCGAGUUUUCCAUAGCUAUGAAACUCAUCAAACUCAAGCUGCAAGGAUAUCAACUCCCUUCCUCACUUCCCCCUGUCAUGAAACAGCAACCCGUUGCUAUUUCUAGCACACCAGCCUUUGGAAUAGGAGGUAUCGCCAGCAUGCCACCACUUACAGCCGUCGCUCCAGUGCCAAUGGGAUCCAUUCCAGUUGUGGGAAUGUCUCCACCUCUAGUAUCUUCUGUUCCUACAGCAGCAGUGCCUCCCCUGGCCAACGGGGCUCCCCCUGUCAUACAGCCUCUGCCCGCAUUUGCUCAUCCUGCAGCCACAUUGCCAAAGAGCUCUUCCUUUAGUAGAUCUGGUCCCGGGUCACAGUUAAACACUAAAUUACAGAAGGCACAGUCAUUCGAUGUGGCCAGUGUCCCUCCCGUGGCAGAGUGGGCUGUCCCGCAGUCAUCCAGACUGAAAUACAGACAGUUAUUCAAUAGUCAUGACAAAACUAUGAGUGGACACUUAACAGGUCCCCAAGCAAGAACUAUUCUUAUGCAAUCAAGUUUGCCACAGGCUCAGCUGGCUUCAAUAUGGAAUCUUUCUGACAUUGAUCAAGAUGGAAAACUCACAGCAGAAGAGUUCAUUUUGGCCAUGCACCUCAUCGAUGUCGCAAUGUCUGGCCAACCACUGCCACCUGUCCUGCCUCCGGAGUACAUUCCACCUUCCUUUAGACGAGUUCGCUCUGGCAGUGGUGUAUCUGUCAUCAGCUCUACGGCAGCAGAUCAGAGGUUACCCGAGGAACCAGUUUUAGAAGAUGAACAGCAGCAACUAGAAAAGAAAUUACCUGUCACCUUCGAAGAUAAGAAGCGUGAGAAUUUCGAACGUGGCAAUCUGGAGCUGGAGAAGCGCAGACAGGCGCUCUUGGAGCAGCAGCGCAAGGAGCAGGAGCGCCUGGCGCAGCUGGAGCGCGCCGAGCAGGAGCGCAAAGAGCGGGAGCGCCAGGAGCAGGAGCGCAAGCGGCAGCUGGAGCUGGAGAAGCAGCUGGAAAAGCAGCGGGAACUAGAGCGUCAGAGAGAGGAGGAGAGGAGGAAAGAAAUCGAGAGACGAGAGGCUGCAAAGCGAGAACUUGAAAGGCAACGACAACUUGAAUGGGAACGGAAUCGAAGACAAGAACUACUCAAUCAAAGGAACAAAGAGCAAGAGGACAUAGUUGUACUGAAAGCGAAGAAAAAGACUCUGGAAUUUGAAUUAGAAGCUCUAAAUGAUAAAAAGCAUCAACUAGAAGGAAAACUUCAAGACAUCCGGUGUCGACUGACCACUCAAAGGCAAGAAAUUGAGAGUACAAACAAAUCCAGAGAGUUGAGAAUUGCUGAAAUCACACACCUACAGCAACAAUUACAGGAGGCUCAGCAAAUGCUCGGAAGACUUAUUCCAGAAAAACAGAUACUCAAUGACCAACUCAAGCAAGUUCAGCAGAACAGUUUGCACAGAGAUUCACUUCUGACACUCAAAAGAGCGUUAGAAGUAAAAGAACUCGCUCGCCAGCAGCUACGAGACCAGCUGGAUGAAGUUGAGAAAGAAACAAGAUCGAAACUACAGGAGAUUGAUAUUUUCAAUAAUCAGCUGAAGGAACUAAGAGAAAUCCAUAAUAAGCAACAGCUCCAGAAACAGAAGUCCAUAGAGGCUGAACGUCUGAAACAGAAAGAACAAGAGCGAAAAAUCAUAGAAUUAGAAAAACAAAAGGAAGAAGCCCAAAGGCGAGCGCAGGAGAGGGACAAGCAGUGGACCGAGCAUGCGCAGCAGGACGACGACCACCCGCGGCCGAGGAAGAGCCACGAGGAGGAGAAACCGCGCCGGGAGGAGAGUGUCAAGAAGAAGGACGGGGAGGAGAAAAGCAAACCCGACACGCAAGACAAGACGAGCCGGCUUUUCCACCCGCACCAGGAGCCGGCCAAGCCCGCUGUCCAGGCGCCCUGGUCCUCCACAGAAAAAGGCCCACUUACCAUUUCUGCACAGGAGAACGUAAAGGUGGUGUAUUACCGAGCACUCUAUCCCUUCGAAUCCAGAAGUCAUGAUGAGAUCACGAUCCAGCCUGGAGACAUAGUAAUGGUUAAAGGGGAAUGGGUGGAUGAGAGCCAAACUGGAGAACCGGGCUGGCUUGGAGGAGAACUAAAAGGAAAGACAGGAUGGUUCCCUGCAAACUAUGCAGAGAAAAUCCCAGAAAAUGAGGUUCCCGCUCCAGUCAAACCCGGGCCUGACCCGACCUCCGCCCCCGCCCCCGCGCUGGCCGUGCGCGAGCCCCCAGCUCCUGUGGCAGUGACCGCUCCGGAGCCCUCCGCGACCCCCAACAACUGGGCUGACUUCAGCUCCACGUGGCCCACCAGCACGAACGAGAAGCCAGAGACAGACAACUGGGACGCGUGGGCCGCUCAGCCCUCGCUCACUGUCCCAAGCGCCGGCCAGCUAAGGCAGAGAUCAGCAUUUACUCCAGCCACGGCCACUGGCUCGUCUCCGUCUCCUGUUUUGGGCCAGGGCGAGAAGGUGGAGGGACUACAGGCCCAAGCGCUGUAUCCUUGGAGAGCCAAAAAAGACAACCACUUAAAUUUUAACAAAAAUGAUGUCAUCACCGUCCUGGAACAGCAAGACAUGUGGUGGUUUGGAGAAGUUCAAGGUCAGAAGGGUUGGUUCCCCAAGUCUUACGUGAAACUCAUUUCAGGGCCCAUAAGGAAAUCUACAAGCAUGGAUUCUGGUUCUUCAGAAAGUCCCGCUAGUCUGAAGAGAGUAGCGUCGCCAGCAGCCAAGCCAGCUGUUUCUGGAGAAGAAUUUAUUGCCAUGUACACUUACGAGAGUUCUGAGCAAGGCGAUUUAACCUUUCAGCAAGGGGAUGUGAUUUUGGUUACCAAGAAAGAUGGUGACUGGUGGACAGGAACAGUGGGCGACAAGUCCGGAGUCUUCCCUUCUAACUAUGUGAGGCUUAAGGACUCAGAGGGCUCUGGAACUGCUGGGAAAACAGGGAGUUUAGGAAAAAAACCUGAAAUCGCGCAGGUGAUCGCCUGCUACACAGCCACCGGCCCCGAGCAGCUCACUCUGGCCCCUGGUCAGCUGAUUCUGAUCCGGAAAAAGAACCCAGGCGGUUGGUGGGAAGGAGAGCUGCAAGCACGUGGGAAGAAGCGCCAGAUAGGCUGGUUCCCUGCUAAUUACGUAAAACUUCUAAGCCCCGGGACGAGCAAAAUCACUCCAACGGAGCCCCCGAAGCCGACAGCGCUCCCGGCAGUGUGCCAGGUCAUCGGCGUGUAUGACUACAGCGCCCAGAAUGACGACGAGCUGGCCUUCAGCAAGGGCCAGAUCAUCAACGUCCUCAACAAGGACGACCCCGACUGGUGGAGAGGGGAGGUCAACGGCCAGGUGGGGCUCUUCCCCUCCAACUACGUGAAGCUGACCGCGGACACAGACCCAAGCCAGCAAUGGUGUUCAGACCUACACCUCUUGGAUAUGUUGACCCCAACCGAGAGAAAGAGACAAGGAUACAUCCAUGAACUCAUUGUCACAGAGGAGAACUAUGUCAAUGACCUGCAGCUGGUCACAGAGAUCUUUCAGAAACCCCUGAUGGAGUCUGAGCUGCUGACAGAGAAAGAGGGUGCUAUGGUUUUUGUUAACUGGAAGGAGCUGAUUAUGUGUAAUAUCAAACUACUGAAAGCGCUGAGGGUCCGCAAGAAGAUGUCAGGGGAGAAGAUGCCCGUGAAGAUGAUUGGCGACAUCCUGACCGCCCAGCUGCCGCACAUGCAGCCUUACAUCCGGUUCUGCAGCUGUCAGCUCAACGGGGCUGCCCUGAUCCAGCAGAAGACAGACGAGGCCCCGGACUUCAAGGAGUUUGUCAAAAGGCUGGCAAUGGACCCUCGAUGUAAAGGGAUGCCACUCUCUAGUUUCAUACUGAAGCCUAUGCAACGGGUAACAAGAUACCCACUGAUCAUUAAAAACAUCCUGGAAAACACCCCCGAAAACCAUCCUGACCACAGCCACUUGAAGCACGCCCUGGAGAAAGCGGAAGAGCUGUGCUCGCAGGUGAACGAAGGGGUGCGGGAGAAGGAGAACUCGGACCGGCUGGAGUGGAUCCAAGCUCAUGUGCAGUGUGAAGGCCUGUCUGAGCAACUUGUGUUCAAUUCAGUGACCAACUGCUUGGGGCCACGCAAGUUUCUGCACAGCGGGAAGCUCUACAAGGCCAAGAGCAACAAGGAGCUGUACGGCUUCCUCUUCAAUGACUUCCUCCUGCUGACCCAGAUCAUAAAACCCCUGGGGUCUUCUGGUUCCGACAAGGUCUUCAGUCCCAAAUCUCACCUGCUGUAUAAAAUGUAUAAAACUCCUAUUUUCCUGAAUGAGGUUCUAGUGAAAUUGCCCACGGACCCUUCUGGAGAUGAGCCCAUCUUCCACAUCUCCCACAUUGACCGUGUCUACACCCUCCGAGCCGAAAGCAUAAAUGAAAGGACGGCCUGGGUGCAGAAAAUCAAAGCUGCUUCAGAACUCUAUAUAGAGACUGAGAAAAAGAAACGGGAGAAGGCGUACCUGGUCCGCUCCCAAAGGGCAACGGGUAUCGGAAGGUUGAUGGUGAAUGUUGUUGAAGGCAUUGAGCUGAAGCCCUGUCGGUCACACGGAAAGAGUAACCCGUACUGUGAGGUGACCAUGGGCUCCCAGUGUCACAUCACCAAGACCAUCCAGGACACUCUGAAUCCCAAGUGGAAUUCCAACUGCCAGUUCUUCAUCAAAGACCUGGAGCAGGAAGUCCUGUGUAUCACCGUGUUUGAGAGGGACCAGUUCUCUCCAGACGAUUUUUUGGGUCGGACAGAGAUCCGUGUGGCCGACAUCAAGAAGGACCAGGGUUCCAAGGGCCCAGUUACAAAGUGUCUCCUGCUGCACGAAGUUCCCACAGGAGAGAUUGUGGUCCGCUUGGACCUACAGUUGUUUGAUGAGCCAUAGGGAGUGGGCCCAGCAUGGUGCUUGGCGGACUUCCAGCCCGCGGCGGCAGGUGCAAUCUGGAAAUGGUGUGGCUUCCCUAAAACCACCGUUUGACAUUCAGCCACAGGGCAAAGGGACAGUGAAGACAGGCCCCUCAAAACUUCUAGGAAUAAUUCUCGACAAUCUUUCCCCGUCCCCCAAACAAUUUCUCAUUUUAUGAAACAAAAACAAAAUGUCUUCCUUUGUCCUCACUGCUGGUCUCAUCGUGGCUUCUAGGAGCUUUGAAAUCCCAGAGCCCCAGCUAGAUACGGUUGGGAGUUGGGCCCAUCCCUGGGCCUGAGGCGUGGGUCUGGUUACUGUACAAUAGAUUUAUAAAUGCAAUGUCUGUAUUUUUGGAGAACUCAUGUAACGCUCCUAUUUCUUAUCUCCACCGGUCCCUGAAUAGGCCCGUUGAUCUAUAACACCUGGUCCUUUGUGUGUUUAGAAAUUAUUAUGAAGGUCCUGUGGUUGCCCCAGAGUCUCGUUUCCCUGCUGGGACCUUGUUUGAAAUGCUGCCCUGAAUACGAUCAGUUGGGGAGAUGGUCUCCUGAUCAGACAGCGUGCUAGUUCUUUGAAAAGCUGGUCCAUGGACGAUUCUAGCAGGUGCAUUGUUAGAGCCAUUCCAGUCCCCUCCAGGUCUUUUAUUGAUAGAUGUCAAUGAAAACUAUCACUAGCUACUAUCAGGUGAUUCCGUUUUGACGUCCAGCACGUUUGGAAGAUGGCUAAGGAGGCGUGUUAUCUACAAAGUUCGACUCUGCUGGAUUAGAUCACCGCAGGUCGUCUGAAAGGCUUCUUUACGAUGCCACUGGGUCCUGGUUGCCAGCCCAGCUGGAAAGUUCUCUUCGGCUUGGAGGUUCUAUGGUGUUUCACGAGAAGAGUAAUCGCUGCUGACCAGCUCUGAGCCUAUUUUUGCGGGAGUGUGCUGGAUCCUGGUUGUCAUGGGGAAUUCCAGCAGCUGUCUUUGCUAUGUUCCCAAGAAAGACGUCCCCAAGACGCGAAGAAGAAAAGUGACAAUCCGGAAGUGGGAUAGAAGAAGGUGAAGGAACUCUGUUAUGUGGUGGGGGGAGAAGCUCUAGGAGCAUCCAAGCCUCACAGAUCAAGGGAGGAAAACCUAAGACUCUCUCCCCUCCUCACGCAUACACAGCCAAUCUCUCAGUAAUGGAAAUACAUGUGCUUGUUGCCAGA